AUGGCUUCUGUACAGGCUGCGCCUGCCGUCCAGCUACCUGGCGCCGGCAUGGCGCCUACCACUUCUCAUCAGGCUCAAGAGAUUUUCAAUAAAUUCAAGCAGAUGAGAGACAGCGGAGUCCCUAACACGGAUCCCGAAUACAUCAAGGCGGAGCAAUUCGUCUUGGCCUUCCAACAACAAGCACGUCUGCGACAGAAGCAACAGCAAUUCCUCCAGCACCAGCAACAGCAACAGAUGCAACAACAGCGACAAAUGCAGCAGGCUGGCGGACCCAACGGCGCCGUUAAUGGCGCGCAGUCCGCACAGCAGCAUCCUCAGUCGACACAACCUCCCACAUCGAGUGCGCUCAGUGCCUCAGCGCUUCCUGCGGCGACCUCAAAUAAUGCCGCCGCCGCUGCGGCAGCUGGCUCUCCUUCGACGGCUGCUCCCAGUGGCCCAGGUGCUGGUCAAUUUAACCCUCAGCAACUGAGUCUGCUCCGCCAACAGAUCCAUGCGUUCAAGCUGUUGACAAAGAAUGCUGGAGUCCCCUUGCAGAUGCAGCAAGCCAUCUUUGCCCAGCGUGAGCGAAGAAAAGCCAUCGCCGCCGAAGCCGCUGCGCUGGCAGCUUCAUCGACACCCGCAACGACUGGUCGAGAUUCUGCACAGCCUGGUCCCAACGGAUCUGAAACUAAGUCUGAACCUCCUCCAGAGGUUCAAGGACCGACUUUCAAAACCGUUAAGUCUCCUUAUGGUGACAACAAUUUGAUUCGCAAGUCAAUUAGCCACUUCGACCAUACUCAGCGUAAAAACCGCAAGCUUAUUCCGGGACUGUUUCCGACUGGUGUCGACUUCGACCAGCUGCGAUACGAGAGAGAAUUGAUUGUGUUCAACCGAAUGAGAGAUCGUUUUGCUGAGCUCAGAAAUACUCCAGCAAACAUUGCUCAUUGGGAUACCACCAAGGACGAUGUAGAACUGGACGACAGUGCAAAGGUUAAGGCCAUCAUUGAGAUGAAGAGCCUAGGCCUAUACGCAAAGCAAAAGGCACUGCGCGACAAGAUUGGCCGUUCCAUGAUGUUUUACGACAACCUUGCAAUGACGACCAACCGCUCAGGGUACCGCCGCACGAAGAAGAUGACGGUUCGCGAAGCCAGAAUCACCGAGAAGCUUGAGAAGCAACAGCGUGAUAUUCGGGAGAAUCGCGAGAAGAAGAGGCACAUCGACUUCCUGGCCGCCAUCACGCAACACAGGAACGAGAUUCAACAAACUGCAUCGAGCCAGCGCAACAAGUCCACCAAGCUCAACAAGCUCAUGUUUGCCCAGCACUACAACAUUGAAAAGGAAGAGCAGAAGAGGAUUGAGCGUACCGCCAAGCAGCGUCUGCAGGCUCUUAAGGCUAACGAUGAGGAGGCUUACCUCAAGUUGCUUGACGAAGCCAAGGAUACUCGCAUUACCCACCUUCUUAGACAGACUGAUGGUUUCCUGCGUCAACUUGCUGCAUCCGUCAAGUCUCAGCAAAGGAAGGCCCUUGCGGAGCAGACUGGCGAAGAGGAGGAGCUACCAGAGGAAGAAGAGGAGAGCGAACCAGACGAGGACGACGACGACACAAGUGGACGAAAGAUUGACUACUACGCCGUUGCCCAUCGCAUCAAGGAAGAGGUCACAGAGCAGGCCGAUAUCCUGGUGGGUGGCAAGCUCAAGGAGUACCAGGUCAAGGGUCUCCAGUGGAUGAUAUCCUUGUACAACAACAACCUGAACGGCAUUCUUGCAGACGAGAUGGGUCUUGGCAAGACUAUCCAGACCAUCAGUUUGAUCACCUAUCUCAUUGAGCGCAAGAAACAGGACGGCCCCUACCUGGUCAUUGUACCUCUCAGUACUCUGACCAACUGGACCCUCGAGUUCGAGAAGUGGGCGCCUUCUGUAAGCAAGAUCGUCUACAAGGGUCCUCCCCUGGCCAGAAAAGUGCAUCAGGAUAAGAUCCGCCAAGGACGUUUUCAAGUACUGCUCACAACGUACGAGUACAUCAUCAAGGAUCGGCCAAUUCUCAGUAAGAUCAAAUGGUUCCACAUGAUUAUCGACGAAGGCCACCGCAUGAAGAAUCAGAACUCCAAGUUGACAACAACUAUCCAACAAUACUACAACACGCGAUUCCGCCUCAUUUUGACUGGUACGCCGCUGCAGAACAACCUCACGGAACUGUGGGCCAUGCUCAACUUUACGCUCCCUACUAUUUUCAAAUCUGCAACAACCUUCGACGAGUGGUUCAACACACCUUUUGCCAACACUGGUGGACAAGACAAGAUGGAACUCACAGAAGAAGAACAGAUUCUUGUUAUUCGUCGUCUGCACAAGGUUCUGCGUCCUUUCUUGCUUCGCCGUCUGAAGAAGGAUGUCGAGAAGGAUCUCCCGGACAAGACCGAAAAGGUCAUCAAGUGCAAGUUCUCUGCUCUGCAAGCCAAGCUAUACAAGCAGAUGGUUACGCACAACAGGAUUCUCGUCAGCGACGGACAGGGCGGCAAGGCUGGUGCUCGUGGCUUGAGCAACAUGAUCAUGCAGCUGCGCAAGCUCUGCAACCAUCCGUUCGUGUUUGAUGAGGUGGAGAACCUCAUGAAUCCCAUGAGCAUCAGCAAUGACUUGUUGUGGAGAACGGCUGGUAAAUUUGAGCUUCUCGACAGAAUUCUGCCCAAGUACAAGGCAACGGGCCAUCGUGUUCUCAUGUUCUUCCAAAUGACGGCUAUCAUGGACAUCAUGGAGGAUUAUCUCAGAUACCGCAACCUGAAGUAUCUUCGUCUGGAUGGUACGACCAAGUCAGACGAGCGUUCCGAUUUGCUGCGCGAGUUUAACGCUCCCAACUCGGACUAUUUCAUGUUCUUGUUGUCGACGCGUGCAGGUGGUCUCGGCCUGAACUUGCAGACUGCUGACACUGUUAUCAUCUACGACUCCGAUUGGAAUCCUCAUCAAGAUUUGCAGGCCCAGGAUCGUGCUCAUCGUAUCGGACAAAAGAAUGAAGUGCGAAUUCUUCGUCUCAUCAGUUCAAACUCGGUUGAGGAGAAGAUCCUGGAAAGAGCCAGAUUCAAGCUUGACAUGGACGGCAAGGUUAUUCAAGCCGGUCGCUUCGACAACAAGUCAACGGAAACAGAUCGUGAUGCCAUGCUGCGUACGCUCCUGGAAAGCGCCGAUAUGGCAGAGACGGGAGAUCAGGACGAGAUGGACGAUGAGGAGCUGAACUUGCUCCUCGCUCGUAGCGACGACGAAGUCACCGUUUUCCAGAAGCUCGACGACGAGCGGAAGAGGGACCCAGUCUAUGGCGAGGCAGCCGGAGCAAACCUUAAGCCUCGUCUCUUGGCGGAGGAAGAACUUCCUGACAUCUAUCUUGGCGAUGGCAACCCGAUCGAGGAAGAGAUUGAGACAAGUCUUGGACGUGGCGCUCGUGAGCGAACCAAGGUUCGCUACGAUGACGGCUUGACGGAAGAGCAGUGGCUCAUGGCUGUGGACGAUGAUGACGAUUCACCAGAGGCUGCGGCAGCACGAAAGCAAGCCCGCAAAGACAAGCGGGAGACAAACAGACUCAAGAGGUCUGCCAUGUCAAACGCCGCUGACGACUCUCCCCCUGCAAGUCGUGCUAGCACUGAGGAGGUGGAAACUCCUAAGAAGAGAGGUCGCAAAGGUGGCGCCAAGAACCAGGAGAAGCGCAAGGCAGAAGAAGGGGACGACGAGCCUCCGGCCAAGAAGCGUCGGGGCCCGCAAGGCAGAGCCAAGGCAGUCUCUGUCUCUGUUGGGUCCGAAACGCCGCGGGUCUCGGCUCAGCAACGCCAACUCCUCCAGGCAAAUACGCGGGCUCUGUUUGAUGGACUCAUGAACCUCGAAGUGGAUGACCCGGAGCCACCAGAGGAGGACGACGACGAGUCGGUUGCGGGCAAGCGAAUCAUCAUUGGGCCCUUCCUUGCACUACCUCCCAAGCGCGAUUACGCCGACUACUACUUGAUUAUCCAGUCUCCUAUCUCGAUGAAGCAGAUUGAGACCAAGAUCAAGAAGCAACAGUAUCACAGCCUGGGCGACAUGCGCAAGGACGUCGACCUCAUGUUCCGCAAUUGCCAGACUUACAACGAGGAGGCGUCGCUUCUGUACCAGGACUCUCUUACCCUUCAGAAAUUCUUCCACGAAGAACUCCAGAAAGCUCUUGAGAAGCACCAAGAGUUGCAGGAACUAGAAAGCGACGGCGGCAAGGAGGGCUCAGUAGCACCUAGUGCGAGUGCGAGCGCCGGAACGCCUCAGCCAGCAACAUCCACAACGAGGAUUAAGUUGAUUUCGUCCGCCUCCAACGGAGCGAAGGAGGCAAAUGGGGCAAGCAACGGUGCCCAAAGCGACCAGGAGUAA